CUGUGGAGAGCGUCGCAAGGGGCAGGGAUGGCAGCUUCCCCCCAUCAAGGCCAGUCAACCCGUAUCUUCGGCCCCGGGCAGGCACAGCCCCGCCACCUUGUGUUAAUGAUCGAGCCCAUGGUUUGCUCCUCGGCAGUGCUUCCAGCCCACCUAAAGCUCGCCAGUUAUCUGACCUUCAGACCCACUCAUCCCGCUCAGGCGCGCCCAUAUGCGCAGCGACUGUCCCUCUUUCACCAUUGUGCUUGGCCGUUGCUGCUAGUCGCCGAGUGGGAUAGACAUGAAGAUCAUCCGCUACCUCCGUCGUCAGCAGAGCGAUCAGCCGCCGAAGAAGAAGGCUCUCAUCGUUGGGAUCAAAUAUGACACCCCGGAGUCGCCAAAAAGCCCAGAUUAUGUGCAGCUUGUGGGGCCCCACAAGGAUGCGCAAGACUUCCGGGACUUGCUUAUUGACACCUAUGGAUACGCGAAAGAAGACGUGACCGUGAUGACGGACGGCAAGGGCGAUAUAUCUCUCGCCCCUACUAAGGCCAACAUGGUUCGCGAGAUGCGGCGUCUGGUUAAGGAUGCCCGUCCAGGAGAUCAUUUCGUGUUCCUAUAUUCAGGGCACUCUGACCAGAUCCCCUGUCUAGAGGGCAGCGAGGACGAUGGCAUGGACGAAGUUAUUCUCCCUAUGGACCACGAAUGCCUCGAGAAGAGGGAGAAACUGAUCAUAGAUAAUGAUCUGCGCAAACUGCUGGUUGAUUCCCUUCCAGUUGGCGCCUAUCUCACGGCAAUCUUCGAUACGUGUCAUUCCGGCACGAUGCUAGAUCUGGAGCAUUACCGUUGCAAUGCGAUCUAUCAUCCGUGGGUUUCGAAAGGCUGGCGACGCUUCAAGACAUUGUGGAUGUGGACAGUGCUACCCUCGAAGACUUUCAGCCUGCGCUCCGCACCGUCCCGGCUGCACAACAUGCCGUCGCUCGCCCAGGCGUUCUCUCGGUCCAGUCAGCACCGACAUCCUGCCCCGGAGAAGACUUUCCCGUUCGUUCGUCAGCGUUCGCCGCUUACCCGGGUCCAAUCGCCUCCCACCUCGUCGCAGUCCCCAACAUUGCCCGUCGAGCUUCAUCGCGGACGCCUUGCAAGACGGCGCGGGUCCUUCAUAAUCAAGAGCACCGCGCUCCAACUCAAGACGACCGCGUUGGGGCUGAUUAUACCGCAGUGCAUGUCGCCGGUGUCGCAGCUUAGGGAGUGCGAUGGAGAUUGUGUCGCGAGCCCGACGGAGAAGGCACACGUGAUCUCAAUUUCCGCGUGUGGUGACUCUCAGGUGGACUGGGAGGGAGGGAAUAUAGGGUCGAUGACGCAGGCCCUCGUCAAGUACUUGAGACAGCACCCCCAUCCGACGUUGCAUGAACUAAUGGAGUAUAUCGAUGAGGAUCGGCACCAGGCCUCGAUGAGGAUACACAAGAUCGGAAACAAUAUCAGAAAGAAGGGAAAGAGGGUUGAGAGGUCGCAGGGCACUGUUUUCACAGUUCCAAUUGGAGGGGAGAGCGUGGAGCUACCGGUUGAGGUGCUGAACUUCCAGGAUCCUCAGCUUGGGAGCUUGGAGAAGCUGGUGAGUAGUUGGGAAUGAGAUUGAUUGCCGGACGCUCAAACUGAUGCCCAUGGCUUUAGGAUUUGAACGCAUGUUUUACCUUCUAACGACUUAGGUCGCGCAUACAUGGACUAAACUAAUCGCCCAUGACGUCCAAUCGAACGGACGGUCUCGCUCACGAAUCGGUCAACGCAUCUUGUAUCGCCUAUACUCUGUCUUCUUGUUGUCUCCUUUGCAAAUCACGGUCAUCUCAAGUUGUCAAAUGUAUUUAUACCUAAUCAUUGCACUGUUGCCAAUUAAAAUGUGUCAUAAUGCUUGUCUCCGUACUGAUUCUAGUGCAGCACAGGAUCUGAGCUGAGAAGGGUAUCCCAAAUUCCUAGCGGCGCUCCACGUAGAGGGUCACCAGCGGAGGGCGUCAACCUUGCUCAUGCUGAAGCAUAACUAUUGGUGCUUGAGCUCGUUCGUAUCCGCAAUCUCCGG